UUCUAGCACAUGACAGCAGAAGGGGCAGAAGUGCCUUUUUUUUAGAAUUUAUUUCCCUGCUGUUUAGUAUAUACUUCAAAAACAAAGAUACAUGAAUUUUGAUACAACAUUUACAGAGAUCUACAACUAAACGAUAAAAUAUUCAAAAGUAUGAAUAAUGAAAUUAAUAAUAAUAUGAUACGGGUUUGACAUAAUGAGAAAUUAAAAUGGGAUCAGACUUGAGAAAUUGGAUUGGAUUUUUCUUACUAGGAUCAAUCAAUAAUUUACCAUAUGUGAUAGUAACAUCAGCAGCCAAUACUAUUGCAGAUAGUUUUGAUCAAAGAAACAAUGUUGGUGUUGUAUUCUUUGCUAAUGUGGCCUUGUCUGUCAUAGUCAAAAGUGUGAAUGGAUUUCUUCUGCUGAAAGUAUCCUAUGGACUUAGGAUUGUAGCCAAUGCCAUACUAAUGCUGAUAGGAUUAUUUGGUGUGGCCUUUGCCUUUGAUUUCUGGUUUGCUAUUGUAUGCAUUGUUUUUGUUGGUGCAAGUGCUGCCUUUGGAGAAAAUGUAGCUUUAGGAUAUCUGAGAUUAUUUCCCAGUAAGUUUGUGAAUGCUUGGUCUAGUGGUACCGGUAUGGCAGGGGUGCUGGGAUCAACUAUAUACAUUAUAUUUGGUUGUGCUGUUGGGGCAGGAGGGGACAAUACAGCCAAGUUAAAAAAUUUAACAAAGUAUGCCUUUUUAUUGACUUCCCCGGUUGUGGUUGUAUACUUGAUAGCCUAUUUCUGGAUAAUAAAGAUACCACCAGAAAGUGAAAAUCUUACCAAAGAUGACAGUGACAUACAGAAGGAAAAACAACGACUGUUAGAUAGUGAAGAUGGAGAAUUAGAUGAAAUAUCAGAAUCAGUAGAACCUGUAGAAGAAUCAGCUUUAAAAAGAAUAUUGAGAUGUUUUAAACUGGUCAUGUGGGUAUCUUUAAAUUUAGCUGCAGUUUACAUGUUUGAGUAUGUUGCCCAAGGAAGUGCAGCUAAAGUGAGACCAAAGUCUGAAUACAAUAAAGGAUGUCCUGAAUUAUAUGCCAGCCUGUCAUUGUGUUAUCAGGCAGGUGUAUUUGUAUCCAGAUCAUCAGUACAGUUAUUUAAAAUCAAGAGAAUAGAAGUUCUGUCUGUAUUACAACUGAUUAACAUGAUAGUAUGGCUGACAGAUGUCCAUACCAAGUUUAUACCAGUUUACUUAUUACCAGCCUAUAUGAUAUAUGUAGGUUUGUUAGGUGGAGCUUCUUAUGUCAAUAUAUUCUAUCUUCUACUGAAUGAUGACAAGUACCCAACCAAUGACAGAGAGUUAUGUAUCAACAUUGCUGCUUUGUUUAUAACAGUUGGAAUCGUGUCAGGAACAGCUGUAGAAACCUUGUUAUUCCAGACAGCAUUGAAAAAUGAUUGAUUUGUGAAAACUGAAAGAGUAAAACAUUCCAUUUGUGUCAAAUUCAGGGUUGUCAAAUACUGUAAAUUCAGAAAUAUUCUGAGGUUUUUAUUAAUGAGUAUAAUGCUACUCUUGCAAUUAAGAGAGCAUUUCGAUAUCUGGCACAUAUGUAUAUGUAUAUAGCUUUUCCUAAAAUUGCAAUAAUUAUUCUAGAAAUAAUUAAACUUACAUUUUUGUACAUUUUUCAGCAAUCACAAUUAUCAAAGUUGCAUUUUUGUACAUUAUUAACAAUGGCAAUAAUUAAUGCACUCAAUAAUUUCUGAAUUUACAGUACUACAUUUGAUUUGAACCAUGAGAUUAAUUGUUAUGUACAUGACAAAGUAUUUUAUUUUUGUAAUUUUUACAUAUUAUUGAAAAAUUGUGCAAUAUUGCUAAUAUGUUAAAGGCAUGAAGAAAAAACAGAUCCUUUAUUUGGAGUUAAAAACAUUAUUUUUUUAUUUACUAUUUAUAAUUAUUUAUGUUUUGUAUAUAUAUGCUGGUUGGUUUCAAUAUGUUGUAGUUUUAAUGUGAGUUAUUUCUCUUGGCAGCAAUGUAAAAGGUGCAAAUGGUUGAUUUUCUUAUUUGAAACAAGAUUAAUAAGAGAUCUGUACUAGCUUGUAGUGAAGAAAAACACAAGGCUUAUAGAAAUUAACAUUGUUCUGAAAACAACUUUUUAUACUUCUAUCAGUCAUUAUAAUAAGUUCACUUUGACUGAUUUACAAAGACAUGUCCAACAUAGGGACAAAAGGGAAAUAACUCAUGCAAAAAUUGUGUAAAUCAGAAACUUGCCAUUGUUUAUUUUGAGUAUUUGUAUGAGGAUAUCACUUUGUAGGUUUGAUAAUUUUAACCAUAACCUUAAAAAAGAAACAGACAAACUGCAUUAUAUAUGUCCUUUUUUUAAAAAAGUAAUUAAAGAUUCCUUUUGGAAAGGACAUAGCAUAAGAAAAGAGACAUUUAUCACCUGUUUCACACAGAAUAUGAUUUUUUUAAUGUUUUACAAGGAAGUUAAAAAAUGUAUAGUUGACUAUAAAAAGAUCAGGACCUGCUGUCCCUUCCUGAUUAUGUGUGCCAUACAAUUGUGUAUGGUACUUAGUUGCUCAAUCUUCAGUUAUCUUGGUUAUGUUUUGUUAUAUUAUAUUUGACCACAUUUUAAAGCUCACUUAUGCUCAUUAUAAAAAUAUUGACAAAUAAAAUGCAUAUCCAUGUUAAAUGUGCAUAAAGCAUGACAUGAACAAAUUAUUUCUUAAUUUAGACUCAAUCUCCACUUAUAAAUUGCACUUGUUACAUUAUUGUAUAUGUAGAAUAGUAUUCAGAAAUAUGUUUUCUGAUUGUUUUUUUAUCUUUCACUAAAGCACAAUGUUAUCUA